UCUGCACAACCAGCUCUGUUCUCAAGCUAAGCUGCUCAGCAUGGAAAAUCACACAGAGCUGGUCUAUUGUAUAGUUCAGCUAGUGAAACUCCCUACACCCCAGGGGCUGCUGGCACGACUUCUGGUAGUAGCCUCGUCCCCUUAUGCAGGAGAAGGACACGGAUGUGCUGCCUUGCAGUUACUACAGGCCCUGCACCAAAAUAUCCAUGCAGCAGUGGGUGAGACGUGGGUAGUAAAGAUCCCAUCUCUGGUGCAGUACAUUGAAGGAAACACAGAGAAUUCCUGGACCACGGUGGAGCACAUGCUGCUUCAG